AUGACCACCUACUUUUCCACGCGAUCAUCCAAUGAGCCCAUUUCCUUCGAGGCUGCCGUCAUGAAGGGUCUGGCCCCCGAUGGAGGUCUUUACAUUCCCACCUCCAUCCCCAAGCUGCCCUCCGACUUCCUCACCAAGUGGGCCGAUCUGAGCUUUGCCGAGUUGGCCUUCGAGAUUCUCAGUCUGUACAUUCCCGAGUCUGAGAUCUCGCGAGCCGACCUGAAGGAGCUUGUCACCCGGUCCUACUCUACUUUCCGAUCCGACGAGGUCACCCCCGUGGUUGAGCUCAGCAAGGAGAAGCAGCUUUAUCUGCUGGAGCUAUUCCACGGCCCCACCUACGCCUUCAAGGACGUGGCUCUGCAGUUUGUUGGCAACCUGUUUGAGUACUUCCUGACCCGAAAGAACGUUGGCAAGGAGGGCACCGACCGAGAUACUCUUACCGUCGUGGGAGCCACCUCUGGUGACACCGGCUCCGCCGCCAUCUACGGUCUGCGAGGCAAGAAGGACGUUUCUGUCUUCAUUCUGUACCCCACCGGCCGAGUCUCCCCCAUCCAGGAGGACCAGAUGACGACUGUCUCUGACGCCAACGUGCACACUAUCUCCGUUGCUGGUACCUUUGACGACUGCCAGGACAUUGUUAAACAGGUCUUUGGUGAUGCCGAGUUUAACGCCAAGCACCACGUCGGUGCCGUCAACUCUAUCAACUGGGCCCGAAUCCUCGCCCAGAUCACCUACUACUUCCACUCCUUCUUCCAGGUCCAGAAGAAGUUCGGCACCUCCUCCGCCAUCAAGUACUCUGUCCCCACUGGUAACUUUGGAGACAUUCUCGCUGGCUUUUACGCCCGACGAAUGGGUCUGCCCAUCCAGGAGCUCACCAUCGCCACUAACUCCAACGACAUUCUCGACCGAUUCCUCAAGACUGGCUCCUACUCGAAAUCCGACGGAGCUUCUGCCGAGGUCCAUGCCACCCUUUCCCCCGCCAUGGACAUCCUCGUCUCCUCCAACUUUGAGCGAUUCCUUUGGUACGUUGCCCGAGAGAACGUUGCUUCUUCGGACGCUGAGGCUGGAGCCACCCUCAACAAGUGGAUGCAGUCUCUCAAGACCGACGGUGUCAUCACUGUCGACGCCAAGGUCCUUGGAGCCGCAAAGUCCGAGUUUUCCUCCGAGCGAGUCUCCGACGAGCAGACUCUCGAGACCAUUAAGGAUGUGUUUACCAACAUUUCCAAGGGCUAUAUUUUGGACCCCCACUCCUCUGUUGGUGUCACUGCCGCUCUGCGAAAGCUUGAGGGAACCGACUCCGUGUACAUUGCUCUGUCAACCGCUCACCCCGCCAAGUUCUCUGACGCCGUCGACCAGGCCCUCAAGGGUCUCGAGGGCUACAACUUUGAGCGAGAUGUUCUCCCUCAGGAGUUCAAGGACUUUGCUAACAAGGACAAGAAGAAGCUGUUCAGCAAGGCCGACGUCAAGGAGGUCGAAAGCAUCAUUGAGGAGGAGCUGGCCAAGGAGAAGAAGCAGUAA